AUGCAAUCUAGGAUAGUUGAUAAAAUUCGUUCGAGUUUAGAAACUGCUAGUAUACAGAUACCUCGGAGAUAUAGUCAAUCAAAAAAUGAUAUAUCAAAUAAAUAUAGACGAGAUAAAAUUUUGGCAUUGGUUUUGGCUGGUGGUGCAGGUGGUCGUCUCAAUGUUCUUACUGAACAACGAGCUAAACCAGUUGUUCCUUUUGGUGGAGUAUUUCGUUUAAUUGAUUUUCCUUUGAGUAAUUGUUGUCACUCACGUUUACCUCAUGUUUGGCUUGUCGAACAAUAUGAAGUUCAUAAACUUAAUGAGUAUUUAGCUAAUGGACGUCCAUGGGAUAUGGAUAGAACUUAUGGAGGUCUUCAAGUGUUACCACCUUUUGAAAUCUAUGAUAAGAGCAAAAGAAAUGAUGAUAAAGAUGAUCAAAGUAAAAGUCAAGAUAGCAAUAAAAAUCAGGAUGAUAAUCGCGGUGGAUUUUCAAAAGGGAACGCAGAUGCUAUUUAUCGACAACGUCGUUUGCUCAAUGAAUUUUCACCUGAUCUUCUAUUAGUUUUAAGUGCUGAUCAUGUUUACAAACUUGAUUAUCGUGAUGUCAUCGAUUUUCAUAAAGAACAUCAAGCUGAUGUAACUAUAGUUACAACAAAAGUACCAGAAGGAGAUUCACUUUCACGUUUUGGAGUUGUUCAAGUUAAUGAUGAAGGUCGUGUUACCAAUUUUGAAUAUAAACCACAACAACCAAAAUCUGAUCUUGUAACAACUGAAGUAUUUGUUUAUAAUUUUCCUAAAUUAAUGAAUACACUUAAUCAAUUAGCUAAUAAUAGAGAAUUAAAAGAUUAUGGUGAAGAUUUACUACCAAAAUUAGUUCAAGAAGGAAAUGUUUGGGAAUUUCGUUUGAAUAGUUAUUGGAGAGAUGUUGGUAUUCCAGAAAGUUACUGGCAAGCAAAUAUGGAUUUACUUUCACCAAACGUAGAAUUACAUUUAAAUGAUCCUAAAUGGCCUAUUUUUACACAUAGUGCACAAUGCUUACCAACACAAAUACUUGAUUCAGCUCAUUUUGAAAAUAGUCUUAUUUCACCUGGUUGUAUAAUUGGUGGAACCAUUAUUCGAUCAAUUUUGGGACCAGGUUGUGUGGUCCAUGAAGGAGCAACUAUACGUGAUUCAAUUCUUCUUAAUGAAGUUCAUGUAGAAGAAGGUGCAGUAAUUGUACGAUCAAUUAUCGAUGAAAAAGCUGUUAUUGGUAAACGAGCCACAAUUGGUCUGGGAGAAAAAAAAGAAUUGACUAUGAUUGGUACAAAGAUUAAAAUUUUACAAGGUUCAAAUAUAGCAGCGGGCGAAAAAAUUCAUCCUGAAGAACCAAAAGAUUAA